GGAUAGUGCUUCUGACUCUGACCUUCUGAAGCCACUCCCCACACCUCUAUGCACGCCGACGGCCGCGCCGCCGCGCCCGGCGGCGAUGCCACCAGCGACCCUUCCUCCCCGUACUUCAUCGACGCCGCCCACCCGUACGCGGCGGCCGCCGCCUCGGCGCUCACCUCCCACCGCGCCAAGUCCAAGUGGUCCCAGCUCGCAUCCCUGCCGCUCCCUGACCCCCUCCCCGCGUCCGCCGUUUCCGCCGUCCUCCUCCUCCUCCGUCACCGGCCACACGUAGCGCUCAGCUUCCACCAGUUCGCCCUCCGCCGUCUCCUCCCGGCCCGCUCCGCUCCCCCGCUCGUCCUCUCCGCCUCCGCCGCGCACGUCGCGGCCGCCUCCCGCCUCCGCCGCGCGGCCAUAUCCGUCCUCUCCUCCGCCACCUGCCACUACUCCCCCUCCCAGAUCUUCAACGCCCUCGCCGCCACCUACCGCCGCUUCGCGUCGGCGCCCUUCGUGUUCGACCUCCUCCUCCUCGCCUACCUCCGCUCCCGCCGCGAACCCCUCGCCGCGGCCUCCAUCGCCCGCCGCUACCUCGCCUCCGGCGCCUGCCCCCUCCCCUCCACCGUCGCGCUGCUCUUCCGCUCCCUUCCCUGCGCCGAGUCCGCCCUCGAGAUGUACCACCAAAUCUACACGCGUCCGGGUCCAAGAACCAACCGCGUGCUCCAGCCGACGGCGCAGACCUUCAACUCCCUCCUCCUCGCUUUCUACCGCCAUGGCAAGUCCGAAGAUUUCGACAUUGUGCUCGACGAAAUGGACAGGUACUCCUGCAAGCAUAAUGUGGGCACUUACAACAUUCGGAUGGCCGCGUGCUGUGAUGACAGGGAGAUGGAGAAGGCGCGGGGAUUGUGGGAUGAGAUGGUUCAGGGAGGGAUCCAACCAGAUGUCACCUCCUACAACACGAUGAUUGGUGGGUAUUGUGCUGCCAGGGACAUGGGGAUGGCAGAGGAGAUGUAUAAGGAUAUGGAGAUUUCUGGGACUGAGCCAAGUGUUACAACAUUUGAGUGGUUGGUUAGAGGGCAUUGUAGGAUAGGGGAUGUUGAUGCUGCCAUGCUUGUUCGCGUAGACCUCAGAAGGAGGGGAUUUGAUAUGGCGGCGGAGGUUGUUGAGGAGAUGGUUGAUAGAUUGUGUCGGAAGAGGAGAGUUGAGGAGGCAUUAGACAUUUUGCGGGCAGAGAUGAAGAGGGAAGAGUUCACACCGAGUCGGGGAAGCUACGAGGUGCUGAUAAGGGGAUUUUGUGAGGAAGGGGAAGUGGAGGUGGCGAUGAGACUUCAGGCAGAGAUGGUUGGGAAGGGAUUCAAAGCUGGUGGUGAGGUAUACCAUGCUUUUGUAUGCGCUUAUGAGAAGGCUGAGGACCACGAGAUGGUUGAGAGGUUGAGGAAGGAAAUGGCAGCGGUAGGCAUUGAGGAUGGAAGUGACCUGGAUUGUUUGCAAUGAUGCGUUUUUAAGCUUCGUAUGUUGCUGUUAAGGACACUGGUUUGUUAACAUCUGCGGUGCUUGUAGGCAAAGAGUUAAUUGGCCAGCUCCCUUCAUUAUUUGAGGCAUGUACCACAUGGAAUGCAACUAUGAAAUUAUACAAAUUUCAUGGUUGAUGUAUGUAGUGUGUGUCCGAGAUUCUGAAUUCUAAUGUUCCGGUUGGUAUCGAUGCUAAAAGUACAAAAUAUGGCGCCAAAAAUAACAAUAUUCAUUUCUGUGUCACAGUUCCACCCUAAGAGAGUUGGCAAGCACUGCAUUCAUACUCCAGCAAGGAAGAUCCCUGAGACAAUGCAAAGUAUACAUUCCUGGGCGCAUCACCUAACUGACCUCUCAUGAUAGUGCUUUCUAUAUGUUUGCUUCAUUUACAGAACUGGAUAUUGACAAGGGUGGGAGCGUGUAUUACAUACAUGCAUUGGAGAGCUGGCAAUUGCAAAGGACGAACUCGCCAAGAGCGAAAGGAGCAAGACAGGCAGUGAAAGGCAGUAUGUUCAUCGCCGUAGUUAGUGUUCUGUCAGUAGGCAAAACCACGCAGCAGGCCAGAGAAGCCAGGCGUUUUGGUGCGAUGUGUGUAUGUAAAGUGAUUAAGUAAUAGCACCCUGGCACUCUUUACCUUGUUUUAAACAAAUUUGCUUCUGUCAUUCAAAUGAUUUUAUGGAAA